UGCUCACUCUUCCUGCCUGAGAUUCCCCAUGUUGCUUUAAGUCAUGCAACUCAGCUUGCCUUUCCACUGUGGAUAGUACAGCCCUCAACCCCCCGGGUCUCCCUCCCCGCAAGCGCCAGAUUGACAAUGCUUCGAGCCUGAUUGAAACACUGCUGUGACUGAGCUCAGCCAUGGAACAACCAACUUUUCAGUUGAAGUGAGACUUUUGGAAAGACCCAUGAAUUUGCAUCCCACCCCUUUCCAUUUUCCUCUCCUUGCUAGCUAUGUCUCUCACCCGCCAUGGGAGAUCUUCCAAAUUGGUCAGAAAGGAAGAUCUAAGCAAAAAGAAAACCAGCCAGCGAAAUAAGGCAUCCAAGAUUAUGACCAAAAAGGUGACGUUGGUAAAAGCUCUGAGCACUGAGAAAUUAAAACAGCUGACGCAAGAAAGUAAUAAUGUUAAGAAAAAAUCAAAAACAAAAUCACCAGCACCAGCAAGAGGUCUUCUGACAAGAGCUGCAGCUGCUCGAAAGACUCUGGAUCAAACUGAUGUUCUUUUCCAGAAUCCAGAGUCCUUAUCCUGCAAUGGCUUCACAAUGUGUCUUCGUAGCACCUCCCUAAUUCGACGUCUGUCCCAACCUCCAGUGGUCAUUACCAGACCUGGGAAAAUUCCAUCCUCUAAGACUUUGGGAAAGGAAGAUAAAUGUGAAUAUGGAGUCCUGGAAGAAUCCAAAGAGCAUACAACAGUAGAAACUGAAAAAGAAACAGAUCGAUCACAAGAAAACUUAAUUUCUCCUGACAAAGAGGAUCCAAUAGUUGUUACCUCUGAUGCAUCCCCAAGCAAAGAUGAUGGACAAGAAAAUAUGCAGUUUAAUGAAGAUGCCACUUGGCUCCAAUGUGUAGAGGAUCCCAUAACAUGUAUUACUACUCAUAGCAGCCCACCAACUCAAAUACCUGAGGCCAUAGAGGAGAGUUGUGAAGGCCAGUUCUUUGAAAAGCUAUCAAAUGAUUCGAGUGACUCUGUUCGGACUCUUGUCCAAGACUCCAUGCCUAUUCCUUUAUUUAAAAAUGCUCCCCAUGUAGUGACCUCUAAACCAACUCCCAACAUGUAUGUAGAAGAUUUGGGUUCAAGAGUAAAAUCUCUUAAACUGAAUGAUUCUUAUUUGGAGUCAAUGAAGGAGAAACUUGAUUUACAUCAUUCCUCCUGUUAUAAAAGCAAACCUGAACUGGAUUUCCAGAACAUAAUGGUUCCUAGUGGGUCUAUUUUUCCUACCUCUUUUGCGAAUUACCUCUUAGCAGGAUCAGACCAGCAAGAACCUAUUCAUGGUUCUUUAGACCAACCUGUGACCCAAAGCACUGCUUCAGAUCCACUGGGGGCCCAUGGUGCUAAUCAAACUUUGACUUUGGACUCAGGUCACAUUGCUAGUUCAUUGCCAAACUUUGAGAAAAGUCUGGUUGCCUUCACAAAAGAUACAGUUGAUCAAGAGAUGCAUAAACCACAGGAUACAAGCUUGCUGUCAGAGUUGCCAUCUAAUAAUCAUAGUUUCACAAUAGUCCCUGGAAGUGGACUAAAAAAAGAAUCAAAUCCUUUAUCAGAAGAUCCCAAAUUGGUGCCAAGUGAUCCUGGCCAGUUGAAUGGACAGAGUCCCCAGAUCAGUGAGACAAAUGUGAUUUCUGUAUCCAUGGCAUUUUCCAACACGGCCUCUUCCUCCUGCCCUUUCUCCUACACUACUUUGCUCCCUACCUUAGAAAAGAAGAAACGAAAGCGGUGUGGAGUUUGUGAGCCUUGCCAAAAGAAGGCAAACUGUGGUGAAUGCGUUUAUUGUAAAAACCGAAAAUAUAGCCACCAUGUCUGUAAGAUGAGAAAAUGUGAGGAACUGAAAAAGAAGCCGAUGGUUAUAGUGCCGUUUGAGGUUAUAAAGGAAAACAAGAGACCCCAGAGGGAAAAGAAGCCCAAAGUUUUCAAGAUACAUUUAGACAACAAACUAGUAAAUGGCCCCAGGUCAGAAUCCAUGGAAAACAAUAAAUGUGGUAAUGGUGAAAAACAAAGGUUGAAGUUAAACCAGAACAUCCUUGAAAAUGUACAGACCACUGAAGAAGACACCAUGACAGGUAUAGAAGUAGAGAAAUGGUCAGAGAACAAGAAAUCACCUUUGACCAUCCAUGUCAAAGGAGACAUCAGUGGUCCUGUAACUGAGACGGAAAACUUGAAAAACUCCGAAGACAAUGAGAAAAAAAACCCUUUGAGUGACCUCAUUGAGCCUCCAAAAUUGUUUGCACAAACUGUUAAAAAUGGCAUUAAAAAUGUAUACUACUCACCAGCUGAAGCUGAUGUGUCACUGAAAAAAGUCAAGUUUGAAACCAAUGCAAAUUUGAUCGAUCAUGACACAGAAAGCAAUCCCAAUCCCUCUUUGGGGAACACUACUAGCUCUGACAAUAGAGCAGGUGCUUUGGUCCCUGGCAUUUACCAUGGUCACCUUAAGAAGGAAGAUAAUAGUUUAGUGAUACAAAAGACAGAUUCCACCUGUCACUCUACUCAAUACCCCACAGACAUCUUUUUGAAUCAUAAUAUCAGUGCCCAGGAAAAUCCAUCUCAUAUAGUUACAUGGGAAAAAGGAUUCAACCAAGGAGAAGUUCCUGAAAGCAAACCCAACAGGGAGCUAACACAAGAUGAUUCUCUGGUGCAACCUAGUCUUCUAACACUGAUGAGAGACAGGAGGCUGACUCUGGAGCAGGUAGUGGCCAUAGAAGCCCUCACUCAGCUAUCCGAAGCUCCAUCUGAAAAUUCUUCACCAUCUAAAUCAGACAAGAAUGAAGAGACUACAAAUUUGACAACAAACUUGCUUCACAGCUGUAAAGCAAUUUUAUGUUCUGUAGGAUCUGCUUCAGGAAAAGACUUCCAAGAUCCAAACUUAAAAAUCGACUCCCUGGUCCUGCAUCCCUGUCCCUCUUUGGAAAAGAAAACGUCUAGGAAGCCGGUGCUAUACAAUGGCCAAAACAAUUCCAAAUUGCACAGUAGCUUAAUGACAAAUCAUAACACCUCUAAGACACAGGCAUCUUCAAGAGUCGCUAAGUCAGAACCCAUCACAGAACCAAGUUCAAAUUCUUCUAGGAAUCACAGCAACAAAGAAAUCGUUCUUCAGGGGAGAAUCACUGUUGGUAGAUGUGCAAAGACUUCACAUGGUUUACACACAAGUAGCAAGUUGGCAUUUUGCAGGCAAUUACAGGAAAGCACUGGUAAAAGGUUUGAUUCCAGAAAUAAUUUGUCUUAUAAGAAUACCCCUCAUAGUAAAAUAGAAGAAGAUGUAGCUGCCCAGUUGACCCAACUUGCAUCCAUUAUUGAAUCCAAUAAUGCAAAGCGAGAGGAAAAAGAAGGUACAAAGACAUUUUCCAGCCUUGAGGGUCACAAUGCACAGCAAAAAAACAACCAAGAACAAAGCUCGUUUCAAGAGAAACUGCCUGUCCCUGUACGGAACAAUCAUGGCUCAUUGCUGGCAAAACAAAAACCAUCCUCCCAUAAAAAGGGGAAAUCUGCCUCGUGGAAGCAAAGACUAAAGAAAAAGCCUCCAGCCAAGAGCAAUCUCCAAAAUGACCAGAGCGAACGGGAGCGCCUGGCUUGGCAGUAUGGCAAAUUUCAUGAUCUCUGGGUUGGGUCCAAACUUCGAAGAUUAGGGUACAUUUCCUCCCGAGAAUUUCAUGCUACCAUGAUAGAGCAAAACCCUUUACUCACCAAAGUACCAAAACCACUCACUCAAAGUACUUUAUCAUCACCACAUAAAAAAUUGUUUCUUCCUCUCACUCAGAUAAAAUUUCAUAGACAUUUACCUGAGUCAGCACAGGAGAAAAUGAAGGAAAAACUGUUUGGUUUCAAAGAGGUCCCUGAACACACGCAAUCUGAGGGUAUCAAUACUUUGUCAAGAGGUGCGCUUCCAACGGGUUUGCAGCAGAGCGGUGGGCCUUCCGUAGAUGCUCUUUCUCUGUUCCAGUUAUGCUCAAAGUCCCCCUUGAGCAGACCAAGCAGCAACGUACAGGUGUUUACAGAAAAUGGUAAUAAUUCUCAGGUACAGCAAUCAGUGAAUGUCAAUCAGUCUCUUAAUCAAAACAGCCAGAAAGAUGGUGCUACAGCUGAUGAAGACCAAACACAGUUUCAGCAGGAUGUGGAAGAACCGCCCAGGAGUCAGAGACUGCAAUCGCUGCCUUCUCCCUGUUGUGACACCCAGGUGCCCGGCACCAUCAAAACUCUCAGGAAUGAAAAUGCAGCAUGCCCAGGUGGAAGGACGGCCAGUGGUUUAGGGGUAGUUACUUCACAUGGUGCUACAAGUGAUUUGGGGAAUUCCCCAGGAAAGAACACACUGAGCUGUUUCCUUGAAUCCCCGAUGACCUUCUUAGACACCCCCACCAAAAAUCUGAUUGAUACGCCAACAAAAAAAGGACCUUCUGAGCUGCCAAGCUGUAGCUGUGUCGAACAAAUUAUAGAAAAAGAUGAAGGGCCAUACUAUACACAUCUUGGAACAGGACCAAGUGUGGCUGCUGUCAGGGAAAUCAUGGAGGCCAGAUAUGGUGAAAAAGGAAGAGCGAUUAGGAUAGAAGUCGUCGUAUAUACAGGCAAAGAAGGAAAAAGCUCUCAGGGGUGUCCAAUUGCCAAGUGGGUAAUAAGAAGAAGCAGUGAUGAAGAAAAACUCCUCUGCCUGGUCCGCCAGCGUGCAGGUCACCACUGCCAGACGGCUGUCAUUGUCAUCCUCAUCUUGGCUUGGGAGGGAAUUCCUCAUCUCCUGGCUGACACAUUAUAUCAAGAGCUGACCCAGAGUCUCAACAAAUAUGGCUGUCCAACCACCCGACGGUGUGCACUUAAUGAAGAUCGUACCUGUGCUUGCCAAGGAUUGGAUCCAGAGACCUGUGGUGCAUCCUUUUCCUUUGGAUGCUCUUGGAGCAUGUAUUUCAAUGGCUGCAAAUUUGCAAGAAGCAAGAACCCUAGAAGAUUCCGACUAAUUGCAGAUGAUCCCAAAGAAGAAGAAAGCCUUGAAAGUAAUUUGCAGACCCUUGCUACAGAUGUUGCUCCAGUGUAUAAGAAACUUGCUCCUGAUGCUUUUCGAAAUCAGGUAGAAAAUGAACACCUUGGCCCAGAUUGCCGUCUUGGUCGUAAGGAUGGACGUCCUUUCUCUGGAGUUACUGCUUGUAUAGACUUCUGUGCUCAUGCCCACAAAGACACACAUAACAUGAAUAAUGGAAGUACUGUGGUUUGUACACUGACAAAAGAAGAUAACCGCUCAGUAGGUGUGGUUCCCAAAGAUGAGCAGCUCCACGUGCUGCCACUUUAUAAAAUUUCCCAAACAGAUGAGUUUGGUACAAAAGAGGGAUUAGAGGCCAAGAUCAAAACUGGGGCCAUCCAGGUGCUCACUGCUUUCCCCAGAGAGGUGAGGAUGUUAGCUGAGCCAGUGAGAGCCACUAAGAAAAAGAAGGCGGACAUCAGGAGGGUACAAACUGAAAAGCCUGGACAGGUGCCAAAGAAACAUCCACCUCCAGUAAAGUUCAAAAAUGGACCUUUGGAAAUGCCCAACAGGGCGCCCCAACCUUUAGGAAACAGAACUGAGGCAUUGCAACCUGAGAUAAAGAGUGAACUUCCAGACUCACAUUUUAACCUCCAUAGUGUGGCCAACACUACAAGCUAUUCUUGGAUUAAGUCCAUUCAUCACCCCCUGAAAGGGACAAACUUACCUCUGAACUCCUCCCUAACCCCAGGGUCUGGCUUGGCAACAACUUCAUUUCAGAAUGACUCUGAAAUUUCCUACGGGUUUUCAGAUCAGGGUAGUGUUCCACCCUGGACAGUGGUUUCUACAAAAUACAGUGGUGCUAAUACAGUAGCCAAGGAAUGCCCUGGACUUCUACUGAAUGCUAAGCCAGCAUCCGUUCCUGGUGUGGCUUCUCCCAUGACAGAUCCCCAAAUUCAUGCUGACCUUCCUACUGGCCCAGUUGAGCAUCUAGUUUCCAACGUGGCAACAUUUCAACCUCCGUCUUUACUGUCACCUGUCCCUCAGAUACCUAGUCCUGAUGACUCCACUCCAGUGAAAUCAGACUAUGAGCAUAAGACAGGUCCAAGUGAAGUUGCUGCUUUGGCUCCAUCCCUGGCAAAUGCCAACAAACAAGAGCUUGAGCUAGCUGCUCAUCUUACAUCAGCCACCGAGCAGACCCCAAGUGAUGAGCUAACAGAAUCAGCUGACAGCGAAGAGAGGUCAGAAGAGAUGUGGUCAGACAGUGAACACAACUUCUUGGAUGACAACAUUGGUGGUGUGGCAGUGGCCCCUUCCCACGGCUCGGUGCUAAUUGAGUGUGCCCGGCGAGAGCUUCAUGCCACUACCCCAAUCCGAAAGCCAAACCGCAACCAUCCCACACGCAUUUCCCUCGUCUUCUAUCAGCACAAGAACUUAAAUGAACCAAGGCAUGGCUGGGCCGUAUGGGAGGCAAAGAUGGCAGAAAGAGCCCGAGAGAAAGAAAGAGAGGCCGAGAGGCUAGCUACCGAAAAUGCCAACAACCAGAAAACAAAACAGCCUACUGAGAGUCCUGAGAUUUUCUGUGAGGAAAAUGAAUUGAACCAGAUUCCUUCCCGGAAAGCAUUAACAGUAACUCAUGACAAUGUCAUUACAGUAUCUUCUUAUGCCCUCACUCAAGUCGCAGGGCCCUACAAUCAUUGGGUCUGAAGGCUUUUAAAACACAGAAUUUUGUCCCAGUGCAAUGUUCUGUUACUUUAAGGUGCUGUUGAAAAAAAAAAAAGAGUAAAGUUGUAGUUUUCUCUAUGUUCAUCUCAACCAUUUUAAGGCUGAGGUAAAAAGGGGGUGGGGGGAGAGUGGUUUC